CCUUAUUAUGAUAGACGUAGUUUGAUUCCCGAGUUUCUAAAAUCAAAAUGUUGCGAUUUUCCGUAUUUGUAUUGUUGAUUGUUGGUUUGUGCAGUGGCAAGUCGUUUAAGGAAGAGGACAUGGAAAUGAAUAAAAAAUACCAUGAAGAAUGUUCGAAAAUUUCAGGACUUGAGGCUGAAGCUGUCUACAAAGCCCUAGAAAGUGACUCUGAAAUCGAAAAGGUAAAAGAACAUGCCCUAUGUAUGACAAGAAAACUAGAGCUUGUAGAUGAUGAUGGAGAAAUCGACAUUGAGAAAAUUAAGAAACAUUUUGAGAAACAAUUUCCCGAUAUUUUAGCGCAUUUGGACGAAAAAUGUUUUGAGAAGAAAGCUGAUCCCAAAGAUAUCGUUUAUACUAUUAGCAAGUGUUUAAGUAAAUAUGUGCAAGCAGCAAAUGGUGAAUAAAAUUAUAAUAUCAAUGUUUUAUUUAUAUACAUUCUGACCUAGGCAUACGUUUUUGGUUUGUUUGUUUUGUAAACAUAAAAAUGUAUAAAAUGUACUUACUCAAUAAAAUUAAAAUACCAG